GUCCUAAUACAAAACAAUGAGCUUGAGCUUGAGCUUGUUAGUUGGUUAGCGUGUUGUCACGUACUUUUCUAGUAAGCUUGCUUAUAAAGGUUUUCUUGUGAAGGUUAACGUGUACACCAAUGCGGGAUUAGAACUGUUUUGCCUGUAUCGGCACGUGGGAAGUCCCACAAAAACGGUUUGGAUCAGCAUGCACACGUUGUGUAUCAUAAACUUCUUUUCGUUACAGUAUAAUGCUGAACAUUACAGUAUAAAUUGGUAUGUACUCCAUCAUUUGUGUUUAUCAACAAAGCACAGAAGCCAGGUCACAGGGGUAUACAUGAAAACCCUACUUCGGUAGCAGCUCCUACAGUAGGAACUAUUUCCCCCCCCCCCCCCCGGGGAACAGUUCAUAUUGCUUGCUGCAAGCAAACACUGAAAGCAAACACAGUGUUGCCAGUUCAAACCAGGCAAGGAAAGUAACUAUUGCAUCCUUUCCACCAUGAUGGUGGUUAUCGUACGCGCCUUAGUGUGUGUUGCUUGUAUUGUGUCGGCGUUUUGAAAUCGUUGCUGUUGUUCUUGCUGUUGAAAGAAUUAAACAACUUGUUGCUGUUGAAAGAACUACUACUAACAAACAACUAAACAUGCCUCUUCUGAAACAACCAAAGAAGCAAAUCAACCAUGGGAUUCACCCUCCAAACAUUCCAUUCCCAUCUGGCGAAAGCACACAUCCUACAUGGAAGUACCCACGUGCAAGAUCGUUGCAUAUGUGGGGGACAUCCGGGUCAGUAGCUGGUGGUGUCCUCAUGAACGUCGAUAGGAUUUGGUUCUGUCCUACAUAACUACACUGGUAGUUAUACAAGUUGAUAAGAAGGUUCAUUGUGAUCUUUCUUUCCCCCUGCUCCUCCAAGCACAUCCUGUCUUUGAUUCUAGGGAACUGUCCCUGGAUCAUGCGCAUUCCCCACUCUGACAUCUGUCUCAAGGAGGUCGCGUCCCUGUUGAGAAGUAUCCACUCUGGUUGAUCUGGGUCUCUCUGUGAGCUUUUGAUGAGGCUAUCCUUGUAUUCCUUCAGGGCAAAUGCUGAAUCAACCACACCCUUUCCACCACACUCUUUAUGGACCUCCACAAUCCUUUGAUACACACCAUGCUCGGCAAUGGUGCUGUCGUGCCAUGCCCCAGGGCAGUUGUAAACUGCUAUACGGAUCUUUCCAUCAGGGGCAAAGGCAAAUACACUAUUUACAUAUGUGUUCUCCUUCCAUGCAUUGUAGAAUGGUGGUCUUUGUUUGUAUCAGUCUCCUGAGGCUUCAAUCACUUGCUUGAGCCCAUCUGCAGCGCCCCAGACAUGUUGUUCUCCAAGCCUUGGGUACUUGUCUCCAAUUGCCUUAACAUAAGCAUCCACUUCUUGCUCAGUAGUAGUUGGGACACUGACCAUGGCCGCUGGAUGUUUGUGAAGGGCAACAAGCAUCACUCUCCUUGCAAACUUGAGCCACAUACAUCACUGUGGAUGUUAAGCCAAAUGCCAUUGCCAUUGUCCUUGCUACCAAUCCUUGUGUCCUGUACCAGUAAAGGACCAGCCCUAUUGCACAGACAUUGCAAUAGCGCGAAAACUGAAAAUUCUCCAUUCGGGCCCUCUCCGGGAAUCACUCAAUGUCCCAGAGCAACAACCCGAUAUCGCAGUUUCUUUUUCGUACCUGUACGUAAUGCUACAAAAAUAACAAGCAGUCCAGAGACUUCGCCAGGAACUAUGGAACAAUCAUCGGCGGAGACCCAGAAGCAGCAGUCCCAGUCUAAAUGCGACAGAGAAGGGGAAGCGAAGGUAAACAGUGAUGGGGAUGUCAAUUCUCCCCCCCCUCUUUACUUUGGCUAUUCUGCGUUAACUGUCUGGCGUGUCGCUUUCUACAUAAUCAUGGCUUAUACAUGGGGAAAAAGCGUGCUCGGUCCAUGUACGUCCACCCCUGAGGUGCAAAAGAGAAGUUCAUUAUCCACCAGCUCAUUCCUCUUUUACUCCGAGAAACUAACUUGUCGUAACUAUUUCUUUCCUUUUCGCGAUGACGAACCAAUUCCAUGUUGUGUCCGCAUCCAAUCACUGCAUCGCGAUUGCCGCGUUCUUUGAUUCAUGCUCGAAUAAGUCGGAGGUUGGACCGAUGCUACGACAUACGAUCAUGCCGAAUGGGUGUACGACUUCGCUCCCAAGACGUUUGAAGCAACAGAGAGGCUUCGAUGGUUCUCGGUAGCUGUUGCCUUGCUGUCGAUCUUCAGUGACACCGCUACCAAUAUUUUUGCCUUGCUAGCGGGUCAACUCAUUUUCACCAACUUGGUCUGCUUCAUCAGUGAGUCAUACGAUAUCUUUCACCGUCUGUACAUGAGUUGUUGUUGUUCUUGUUGUUGCUGCUGCUGCUGCGUGCCGUCGGUUCUUUGAUUGAACCAUUUACUCAUCCAUUCGGUCAAAAGGUCAAUUUUUUGGUUAUUUGUUCCUGAGAUUAUAUACUUCAGUCUAAAAUUUUGAUUCAUCCAUUUUUGCGUUUUGGUGUUUAUAACUCUCCAGAUCACUAUUAUCUGUUUUUUCUUUUGGCCACCUUGAUGGCGUUUUAUUGCAACUGCGGGAAAGACAAUGUCCACAAUAAGGCUGGUUGGAUCCACGCGAUACGGGGGCAGAUCGUGGUUGUUUAUGCUUUUGCAUCACUUUGGAAAUUCGAUUCCGAUUGGUUGAAUGGAGGUAUCGUGGAGGCAAUCUUCCUAUCGUUUGAGGAACAGGGCGAUCAUCGAGGAAUUCCGUGGAGCGAUAUAAAUGCUUCAUACCCCGGCAUUUUCUCUUUUAUAGCCUUGUCAGGUAUCUUUCUCGAUUCGAUGCUCUUCCUUGUCCUCAUGUUCCUUCCGCCGGGACACAAACUACAAGCGCUCGGACUGGUAUUUCACGGGUUUACGGCGUAUACCAUGGCGGAACGCAUCGGUUAUUCUUUUCCAUUAACAAUGAUUUUUUCCGGAUUUGCCUUUCAGCGAUCUGACGUGGUCGACAAAGAUCAGGAGUCGCUAGGUGGCGAUACACUUUCCCAUUUUCAAUGGCUGUCGCUACAAAUACAGUUGUGGAAGCGUGCAAAUCAGUGCAAACCAAAACACGCCGUCCAACAGCACGUAGUCAAAACAAAAAAGCAAAUUCUUCCGUUGUUGUUUCUGGUCAUCCAAUGGCUCAUUCCUCUCCGAAUGCCAUUAGUAUCACAUGGUGAAUUCAAGUAUACUUUUGAAGGCUAUCGUUGGUCUUGGACAAUGAUGUUACAUUCUAAGUUCAAUAUCAAGAGCCCUGGAUUAUCGUUCAUGAGUCUAAGGCCAAAAUGCGGCUCCCAUCCGUUUCCAAACCCGCUGGCCAAGGAGUAUCCAGUUAUGGAUCCUCACUCCUUUCCGUAUGAGUUUUUCAUUAUGGACCAAGAGCGUGUUACUUCUGUCCUACAGAUGUUUCCCCGCCAAAUGCCGAAACUUUCAUAUUUUGUCGAACAAAAAAUUGGGGACCAAUGUCCAAAGGUAAUGACGAUGACAACGUCUUAUUUUUGUAAGUUCAAUGCAAUACAUUCUGUAAUUCAUUAUCCUAUAUCUUUCCUCACGUCAUAUUUGUCCUUUCUGUGGGGACAUUGUGUGGGGCGUUUGGUCAAAAAGCAUCAGUAAAUGAUGGUCCAUAUCAUCGCAUCAUUGAUCCAACAUCUGAUCUCUUGGAAGUCCAUCGAAGCCAUUCAAAUCUAACGUGGCCAUCCAAGCUUUGGUAUGCUGUAAUUGACAAAGCACCAAUAGGUCAAGAAUUUGUACUGCGUGGAACAGGUUCUGUCAACCUUCCACUUGCGAGUGGGCCAAAGCGUUUAAAAGACGAGAUAACCUUCGUGGACCGAUCCCCAUGCCUGCAAGUUGAUCCAAUAAAAGUCCACCUCAACA